CAAAGCGCCGGAAGUGGAGUGCGGAGCCGCGCCGCGCGCUGUCAGUCUCUGUGGCUCGGAGCCCGCGCGGUCACCCGACUCGUGCAGGUAGCGCGAGCGGCUCCGGGCCCCUCGGGCUCUGCGGUCCGGAGGGCACCAUGGACGACAAGGAGUUAAUCGAAUACUUUAAGUCUCAGAUGAAAGAAGAUCCUGACACAGCCUCAGCAGUGGCUGCCAUUCGGACUUUGCUGGAGUUCUUGAAAAGAGAUAAAGGAGAGACAAUCCAGGGCCUGAGAGCGAAUCUCACCAGUGCCAUAGAAACCCUGUGUGGCGUGGACUCCUCAGUGGCCGUGUCCUCGGGUGGGGAGCUCUUCCUGCGCUUCAUCAGCCUUACAUCCCUGGAAUACUCUGAUUACUCCAAAUGUAAAAAGAUCAUGAUUGAGCGAGGAGAGCUUUUUCUCAGGAGAAUAUCACUGUCGAGAAAUAAAAUUGCAGAUCUGUGCCAUACUUUCAUCAAAGAUGGGGCGAAAAUAUUAACUCAUGCCAACUCCCGAGUGGUCCUGAGAGUCUUGGAGGCAGCUGUGGUGGCCAAGAAGCGUUUCAGUGUGUACAUUACAGAGUCACAGCCUGACUUAUCAGGUAAGAAAAUGGCCAAAGCCCUCUGCCACCUCAACGUCCCGGUCACCGUGGUCCUGGACGCCGCUGUUGGCUAUAUCAUGGAGAAAGUGGAUCUCGUCAUAGUUGGUGCUGAAGGAGUUGUUGAAAAUGGAGGAAUUAUUAACAAGAUUGGAACCAAUCAGAUGGCCGUGUGUGCCAAGGCGCAGAACAAACCUUUCUAUGUGGUUGCAGAAAGCUUCAAGUUUGUGCGGCUCUUCCCACUAAACCAGCAAGAUGUCCCAGAUAAGUUUAAGUACAAGGCAGACACUCUGAAGUCGGCACAGACUGGACAGGACCUCAGAGAGGAGCACCCCUGGGUCGACUACACCGCCCCCUCCUUAAUAACACUGCUGUUUACAGACCUGGGGGUGCUGACACCCUCUGCAGUCAGCGACGAGCUCAUCAAGCUGUAUCUGUAACCACUGGGUCCGUCCCCGCACGCGCAGCUGAUGCAGUUGGGGCAGCGUGAGUGCCCUCACCGCUCGCUGAGCCAGGCCAAAACCCGGUUGUUUU